AUGGGUGCCCUCAAGUACGUCGAAGAGAUCCAGAAGAAGAAGCAGUCCGAUGUUAUUCGGUUCCUGCUCCGCGUUCGCUGCUGGGAGCUCCGUCAGCUGAACGUCAUCCACCGUGCUACCCGUCCCUCGCGCCCGGACAAGGCUCGUCGUCUCGGUUACAAGGCCAAGCAGGGUUACGUUAUCUACCGUAUCCGUGUUCGCCGCGGUGGCCGCAAGCGCCCUGCCCCCAAGGGUGCCACCUACGGCAAGCCCACCAACCAGGGUAUCAACCAGCUCAAGUACCAGCGUGCCCUGCGUGCCACUGCUGAGGAGCGUGUUGGCCGUCGCUGCGCCAACUUGCGUGUCCUGAACUCCUACUGGAUUAACCAGGACUCCACCUACAAGUACUUCGAGGUCAUCCUCGUUGACCCCCAGCACAAGGCUAUCCGCCGUGAUGCCCGCAUCAACUGGAUCUGCAACCCCGUCCACAAGCACCGUGAGGCUCGUGGUCUUACCGCUACCGGCAAGAAGUCCCGUGGUAUGAACAAGGGUCACCGCUACAACAACACCAAGGCUGGCCGUCGCCACACCUGGAAGCUCCAGAACACCCAGAGCUACUGGCGUUACCGUUAA